AAUUUAGUAAAUCACCGAUCCCGUCUGCGACUCCCGAAGCAGCCUUCGCGGGUUUCCAUAACAGUAUUCCAAUUGUUUCAUCGAUCCCAUGCUUUGCUUCUGCCACCAAAUACGUUCCCCUCUCCUCUUACAAUUAUGUCCUCCGCCACCAGGUUUCGCCGCCUCGGCGUUGCAGCUAUUAUAACCGCCACUGCCGCCACGACUGGUGGCUUCUUAUCCCCAACAUUUGCCACCAACGACCAUGGCGUUAGGCCUGCUCUCGACCCUGUGAAACAGAAAAUUACUGAUCCGAAUGCCGUUGUUCCAUCUCGAGCGGCUCAGGAAUCGGUUUUGAUUGGUGCAACUACUGCUAAUCCCCUCGAUGUUCUUGUGAUCGGCGGUGGCGCCACUGGCACUGGAGUGGCGCUCGAUGCUGUGACCAGAGGACUUCGCGUUGGUCUGGUCGAGAGAGAUGAUUUCUCUUCUGGUACCUCUUCAAGGUCUACAAAGCUAAUUCACGGAGGAGUUCGCUACUUGGAGAAGGCAGUCUUCAAUCUUGAUUAUGGGCAACUGAGGCUGGUUUUUCAUGCACUUGAGGAACGCAAACAGGUUAUUGACAAUGCACCUCACCUGUGUCAUGCUUUGCCUUGCAUGACACCCUGUUUUGACUGGUUUGAGGUAGUAUACUAUUGGAUGGGUUUGAAAAUGUACGAUUUGGUCGCAGGACCACGCUUGUUACAUUUGUCCAGAUAUUAUUCUGCACAGGAGUCCCUUGAACUUUUCCCCACUCUUGCUAAAAAGGGUAAAGAUAAAACCUUGAAGGGCACAGUGGUGUAUUAUGAUGGGCAGAUGAAUGACUCACGGCUUAAUGUUGCUUUGGCAUGUACUGCUGCAUUAGCUGGUGCAGCAGUGGUUAACCAUGCAGAAGUGAUAUCUUUUUUAAAGGAUGAGGCAGAUGAGCGGAUAAUUGGUGCACGUAUCCGGGACAAUCUGUCAGGCAAAGAGUUUGAGACCUAUGCAAAAGUAGUUGUGAAUGCAGCUGGGCCAUUUUGUGACUCUGUAAGGAAAAUGGCUAAGAAUGAUGCACAACCUAUGAUCUGUCCAAGUAGUGGUGUACAUAUUAUUCUCCCUGAUUAUUAUUCUCCAGAAGGAAUGGGUUUGAUUGUUCCCAAAACAAAGGACGGACGUGUUGUUUUCAUGUUGCCAUGGUUGGGGAGAACAGUUGCUGGAACUACAGAUUCUAACACUAUCAUCACUCCACUCCCUGAGCCACAUGAGGAUGAGAUUCAGUUUAUACUUGAUGCUAUCUCAGAUUACCUUAGUGUUAAGGUACGCAGGAUAGAUGUUCUUUCAGCCUGGAGUGGCAUUCGCCCAUUGGCUAUAGAUCCAUCAGCAAAGAGCACAGAAAGUAUCUCCAGAGAUCAUGUUGUAUGUGAAGAUCAUCCUGGUUUGGUCACAAUCACUGGUGGAAAAUGGACCACUUACCGAAGCAUGGCAGAAGAUGCAGUUGAUGCAGCUGUAAAGUCGGGAAAGCUAAGUCCAACAAAUGAAUGCUCAACUCAAAACCUGAGGCUGAUUGGUGGUGAUGGAUGGGAGCCUUCAUCGUUCACAGUCCUUGCUCAACAAUAUGUACGUAUGAAGAGGUCAUAUGGUGGUAAAGUUGUUCCUGGAGUGAUGGACACUGCUGCUGCUAAGCACUUGUCACAUGCAUAUGGUACAAUGGCAGAACGAGUAGCUGCCAUAGCUCAGAAUGAAGGUCUAGGGAAGCGACUUGCCCAUGGGUACCCUUUUCUAGAGGCAGAGGUUGCCUACUGUGCCCGAAAUGAGUACUGUGAAACUGCAGUUGAUUUCAUUGCUAGGAGAUCACGACUUGCUUUCCUGGAUACUGAUGCGGCAGGCCGGGCAUUGCCACGCAUCAUUCAGAUACUGGCUACCGAGUGCAAUUGGGAUAAGGCAAGACAAAAGCAAGAGUUGGAAAAUGCUAAAAAAUUUUUAGAAACAUUCAAGUCUUCAAGAAAUGCUCAAUUUCACGAUGGAAAACACUAACAAUUGCAGCAAUUUUCUUGGCGUUUGCUGAUUAAAGGAGAUUUCGACUGCCUUAUUUGGCAGAUUGCUGGAACCCCUUCUUAUAGGUUUUACAUUUACAAUUCUCUGCCAAAAUAAUGUUGUUUUCCAAAAUCGAUUCAAUAAUUUCCUGCAAUUGCAGAAAUUACACUAAAUUUAUGCAUACAGUUCUUUUGAAUAGGUCAAAACAUCCUCGGUUUACCUGGCCUUUGUUCACUUCUGGUUAACUUUCAAUAUGAAGAUGCAUACGAUUCUUUGUUCUCCA